AUGCGUGUAGAGGGGGAUGCGGGCACACUUCGCCGUACAUACACUCGCAGUAUGCCCACAGUACUGCGGCCCUUCUCACUACUGCAGGAAUCCAUGCAAGAUGUGAAGACGCAGUGGUAUGCCGUCAUCACAGAACUCAGUGGAAGUGUGGAAACUAUAAACACCGCAGAUAUUCGAGCAGCUCUCUGUCGUGUGGAGCGGAUUGCAAGUCAAUUAAAGGCGAUUAAACAAGAAUUAGUACCAUUAUUAAACCGCCAUACAUCCUGCGGUGGUAGUGGGGAGGAGUCGUCCUUUCUGCAGUAUUGCCAUUGGGCGACAACUCUUAAUAUAAAUAGUAAUACGAAUACUUCUAAUAAUACGGAGAUGAAUGAGAAGAGAGAAGUGAUGCGAUUGUCAUUAUGUGUGUGGGUAUGGUCUGUUUGCAUGGCGACAAUUCUAAAUGAUUUUGAGUUUUUAAGUGCUAGUUUGUCAUUUCUAUCGUGUUGUAAUCUUUUUGAAGAUGCCUCUGAUGAGAUGACAUUAAGUGAGGUUUCUGCCUUCUUCUCUGCGGGGGAAUCCACUGUGGGUAUAUCACAUCUAACAGACAAGGAACUCUUAUGUACAUGUGAGUUAUUAUACCGUUUGUAUACAAGAGAUGAUGCCGCCGCUGAGAUUUCCAUAGGGCGUACUAUAUCUCUACUAGAAAACUGUAAGAAAUCUUCUUCGUCUUCUUCUUCUUUGCUGCUGCUGGAUGGUGAUAACAGAGAAUGGGAUAUGGAUAAGAAUGACUUUGGGGCUGUUCCUUGUAUGGCUUCGUGGGUAGCAACAGAGGAUUAUGGGAAACUUAGUGCCUUUCUUUUACAAUCCCUCACUACUACUAAUACUAGUAAUACUACUAAUGAGAAUGAUAGAUCUUCUUUUUCCACGCCUCCACUGUUAUUAUUAUUUACACAAUUGAUGAAUAACAUGGUGGUUCAUCGUCAGUUGCUGCAGAGUGAAUUUCACAAGGUCUGGAGGCCUAUCAUUGAUAUAAAUCCAUCCAUCUCAUCAACAACAACAGCAGCAGGAAAUACUGGAACUUGUACUUCUUCUUGGCUUAAUUCUAUGGAAAAGAGAAAGUUGGCGGUGUGUAGUAUACUUCAACGUGAGAGUUUGCCACCACGUUCUGCUUGGCCUCUCCCUACAGCUCUAGUCGAUUCCAUUUUUUGUGUUUCUUUAAAGGAAUAA